AUGACGAGCAUCCUCAUCCAAACCUUUGCACCAUUUCCUUCAUUAACGCUCUCCGUCCCCAAUGACACUUGUAUAUCAGACUUAUUCCCUCUCCUGACCUCCAGAUAUUCAUCUCUCCCAUCGUCACUUCAAUCGUCCCUCUCUUUCUCUACACACGCCGGCCAUGUCCCUCCUCCAUCCACACUCGUCCACUCCCUCAACCCCACCUCAGAUCUCGUUACUCUUCGCCUUACUCCUUCCCUUCUUGGCGGAAAGGGUGGCUUUGGGAGUCAGUUGCGUGCUGCUGGUGGGCGGAUGAGCAGUCAGAAGACCAGCAACAAUGACUCGUGUAGGGAUCUUACAGGAAGAAGGCUGAGUACCAUCAAAGAGGCCAAAAAGCUCGCCGAAUACCUAGAAACAGAGCCAGAGCGCCUCGCAGCAAAGGCGGAAGCUCAAAGGGCUAAACUCGAAGCACUCGAGCGGAAACUUGGCAUCGAACCUUCCUCUUCCUCAAGCAAACCGGGAGAUCCAAAUGCUCCUCCUCCAACCCUGGCCGGAAAGAAGCAUCGUUUUGACGAUACCGAGUAUUUGGAACAGAGCAGGGAACUGUCUGAAGGCGUGAAGAAUGCUGUGACAGCUGCGCUGCUCAAGAAGAAGAAGAAAGCAAAGCUUGCGCAUCCCAACGACAAGUCACCGGAAGUUGUGAACAAGGUAGAAACAGCAGUAGACGUUGCGCCUUCAAAGAGUACCGCUCCUGCUGCUGUUGCUCUGGAGGCUGUGGGUGCUUAGUGUUAUCAUUGGUUGUUCAGGUUUUUUUGUUGUAUGUAUCCUCAUCCCCCUGCAAUCUAAUACUUCUGUUAUUUCCCC